AUGUUGACGCGCGCUGAUCAUGUGACUCGUUCCUUCAUCCGCUGCUGCGACGUCACCUACGGCCUCAUUGAUAUCCACGUGCAUCUCCGGGAACCUGGAGCCACUCACAAAGAGGACUUCUCUUCUGGCACAGCAGCUGCACUGGCCGCUGGUGGAGGCUGGUGCCGCUGUGACUUUGCUCUCUUCCUUGGUGCGUCCACAGAGAAUGCCGCUUCUCUUUCUCCAAUUGCCAGUUCAGCCGCUGGCCUUAAGAUGUAUCUGAAUGACACUUACACGCAGCUGAAGAUGGACAAUGUUUCUGUGUGGAUGGAGCACUUUGAGAAGUGGCCGGCUCACCUGCCCAUUGUGGCACAUGCAGAGAAACAGACCGUGGCUGCGAUUCUGAUGGUGGCCCAACUGUACCAUCGUCCUGUUCACAUCUGCCACGUUGCAAAGAAAGAGGAGAUCCUAAUUAUCAAAGCCGCCAAGCAGAAGGGAAUCCAAGUCACAUGCGAGGUGGCCCCUCUGCCUCGAUGACCUGGAGAAAAUAGGGGAGACACGGGAAGUACACCCCAUGCUGGGGACUCGAGAGGGCCGAGAAGCUUUGUGGGAGAACUUGGACAUUAUUGAUUGUUUUGCCACUGACCAUGGUAGGCACCAGGGCAAAUGAAUUAGGGAGAGGGGCAGUGACCUUCAACUUCAUUGUCCUCUUCUUUCUCACAGCCCCUCACUCGGUAGAGGAAAAGGAUGGCCCAAAGCCACCCCCAGGGUAUCCAGGCUUGGAGACCAUGUUGCCUCUGCUCAGCAGUCAGUGAGGGACGUCUGACUAUUGAUGACAUCAUCAAGCGUCUGUAUGACAACCCCCGCAAGAUCUUUUCUUUGCCUGUGCAGGAGAACACUUGUAUUGAGGCAAGAGGGUCUGGACCCUGAUACUAUUCCUUAUUCCUAGCAUGUUCUGGCUCAGUGCUUCUAUCUCUUCUCUCAGCCCAUUCCUUCAACAACCUUUCUUGUGUCGCCUCUCAAUCCUCACUUUUCCCUUUCACGUCCUCCUUUCUCACCUUCUCUUCAAUCCUUUUUCUUCUUAAAUGAAUGUGCUGCUCCCUCUGCAGGUGGACUUGGAGCAAGAGUGGCUAAUCCCAUCCCACAUGCAGUUGACCAAAUCCAGGUGGACCCCCUUCGCUGGAAUGAAGGUGAAAGGAGCAGUGCGUUGAGUGGUGUUGCGUGGGGAGGUGGCCUACAUUGAUGGUCAGGUAUGGACGUUGUGCUCACAAUAUAUAUAUAUAUAUGUUGCUUUGCAAAUGUUCUUCACAUAUACAGGCACUAAGUGAAACAAAGGGUUAAAGAGGGGCUGUUCCUUGUAAAAGAAGUGCAGUCAGGGUCCCGUUGGGCGACUUUUUUUCUGUUUCGUUUUUAAGGUCUUGGUAUCGGCGGGAUAUGGACAAGAUGUCAGCAAAUGGGCCCCACCUGUUGUUGCCCAGUCUCACCCCAUGGUCAAUAAAGAACUACCUAAGGUAUAUUAUGUACUGCAGUUCCCACACCAUUUGCACUGCCAAUACCUUUCUGAGUGUUAAAAGAUUAUUUCCCUCAGACCCCAGAGCGGCACCGCCAUGUUACCGUACAAAGCGAGACGAUUCGCAGUAGAGCACCAAGUCCCCGCAGACCUGCUCAGUCGACAGAUGGGAGAUUCCACUUGCCUCCACGGGUGCAUCGGGCUUCAGAUCCGGGUUUACAGGGUGAGGCUGAGCUUGACUUACCUUAGGUGUAACGUAAGGGGUCGCCCAGCAACUAGGUUGACCGGUUGUGCCAACAAACCAAUAAGUAGUGAUAUUCUGACCAAUCACUUUGUGUCCUUAGUGCCCAGGAAGUGUUCUGUGCCGCUCUAUCCAGGAUUGGUUUUAUGGAAUGGUAAUAUUAUGUAUAACACCCCCAUACCAAUCACUUUCCCCUGAACUAUUCGAUAUUAUGCUCAUUGAUUGGCAAAAUGUUAAUUGUGCUUAUUCUUUCCGGUCUGUCGUUCAUUUCUCCUAAUCUCCUUGCUGGCCGGACCAACCAAAGGCUAAUCUUAUAAACUGGUUCAUUUUCCAUAAUCCCUUGUGGGAGAAUCAUGGCUCCAUCCUUUUUGCUGUGGAGCACUUUAAGCCACACUUUAGUGGAUACACCACAGAUUGAUGUGCCAGGGGUGAUGGAAUGGGGAAAGGUUUUGCUGUUGGGCUGCUCUGCAAUUUGCUCUGGCACAAUGACUUCUUGCCCAGUGAUGUUCCCCACGAUAUUCCAGCUGCAGUAGAGUUGCCCAACACUACAACCCGGGAGUCCAAAUACUGCUCCUGUUCUUCAGCACUCGGAUCAUUCCUGUAUCUUCUAUGUUAAACACUACAUGUUCUGAUUUUUCUUGUUGCUGUAGGGCAAAUGCUCGGUCACAGAAUGCAGCAGGUUCAUGUACAACCUGAGACUCUGAAUCAAGUGUCUGUUUGUGGCUAGUGGCAGUUGGGAGCCGGAUAUUUAUAUCGGGAAAUAGGAUUCCCAUUGUCUUCAUGUCCCUGAAGAUGCCAGAUAUUGAUGAAUGCAGGCUUUGUAAUUAUAGAUUUAAAUAUGGACAACUGUAGCUCUCCCGGCAGCCAUUCACACACAUGGUACAGUCAAGUUGGGGGUCAUUGCCAGUAGAUUUGAUCCAUUUGCAAUUCACCAGCAUUCACAGAAAGCCAUUCAUGUUUAUUAGAAUAUAGUAGUUCAAUGAUUGGUUCUUGAGGAAAGUGAGAUCUGGGCCAUGUUUGCUGGUGACAUUACCCAUAGCGCUUGUCUAGGCAAAACUAGGCUGGGCCACUGGGUUCCCUUGAGCGUUUCUAGGCCGUAUUAUUUCAAUGUCCUGUUGAUUUGUCUGGGGCUCAGAACUUUCCAAGCUCUCUCAGAAUUAGGGCAUUAACGGGAGCCAGUAGCUAAAGGUGUAACGUGUCUGUUUUCACAGA